AUGCCUUCCCUGGAUCCUGGACCCAGCAGGUCUCCUUGCAGGAGGAAUCACAGCGUGGUAGUGGGUGAAUUUGACCAGAGGUCUGAUGAGGGGGUCGUUCAGAUCCUGAAGAUCCGGCAGGUCUUUAAUCACCCCAACUACACCAAGGCCCCCUACAGUAAGGACAUGGCCUUAGUGAAGCUGGUCACACCUGCCCGAUUCUCAGACACCGUGUCCCCCAUCUGCGUGCCUAGUGCCAAUGACUAUAUCCCUGAAGACUCCCGGUGCAUCACUAGUGGAUGGGGCAGGACCAGUUAUGAUGACUACACAGGGCCCAAGAAGCUUCAGCAGGCAGCCUUGCCCCUCUUGUCCAAUACCCAAUGUGAGAAGUUCUGGAGCAGCCACAUCAGCCCAGAGGUGGUGUGCGCCAGAACCAAAGGGGCUUCUUCCUGCAGGGGUGACUCCGGAGGGCCCCUGGUCUGCCAAAAAGCUGAAGCCUGGACCUUAACUGGCAUAGUCUCCUGGGGCAGCCAGGCCUGCGCACGUUUGAAGCUUGUGGUGUAUACCUGCAACUGA